AAACCGAGCGGGCCUCGUGCUCUAAAUGCGCCUGGAAGGGAUGCCUCGACAAAGUUUUAGCAUAAAUACCGUGUCUCUGGUCUCCAUAUUCAGCAGUUCAUUUCUGUACACAGUCAUCGAGCAUUUCGACUAAACAAACACAAAACAAUCAAUAAAAUGGCCGCUAAGUUGAUCAUCUUCGCCGCAUGCGUGGUUUCCGCCAUCGCUCAAUACCCUGCCCCGGCUUACAAGCCCGCUUACCCAGCCGCUUACCCGGCACCCGCUUACUCGGCACCAAAGGCAUACGCCCCAGAGCCCGCCUACGCCCCGGCCCCAUACAACUUCGAAUACAGCGUCAACGACCCACACACCUACGACGUCAAGAGCCAGUCCGAAUACGCUGACGGCAACGGUUACGUCAAGGGAUCCUACAGCCUUUUGGAAGCCGACGGUUCCACCCGCGUCGUCGAAUACACCGCCGACGACUACAACGGUUUCAACGCCGAAGUCAAGAAAAUCGAGGGAGGAUACAAGGCCCCGUACAGCGCACCGGCCUACAAGCCCGCCUACCCAGCUGCACCAGCUUACAAGCCAGCCCCAUACAAGCCAGCUUAUUAAUUCGUCCUCAAACGAUGACGAUAUGACGGUGAUAAUAGUAACGAUUGUUAUUAUCAUUCGUAAUCAUAUUACUACACAAUAUAAUGUUAUAUUAUCGUUGUUCCGUCUCCUUCCGACUGUCCCUGAUCAGCUGUUACACGGUUCCACUGUCCUGGAGUCCGCUCACCAGUUGUUUGUAUUAUUAUCAUUGACUCAUUU